AUGAAGCUGGCCAAGUUAUCCAGCUUAUUAUUCGUGCCCUUGGCUCUCUGUGCUACUGUGCCUAAUGUGAACAAGGUCGAUGCCAAUAUUGAAGCCUUUUUUGAAGCUCAAAUUAAAAAGCAAGCCGAGCUCAUUACAGUUCUUGCUCUCCAAACACAAUUUGUAAACUUUCUAGACUACUCUCAUAACCUGGCAAACGAAGUCAUUGCUGAAGAGAACAAGAAGGCGGGUCUAGAUAAUGGACCUCAAGAUGUCGCUGGUUUACUAGAGCUUAUGUUCCAUAAAUCAUCUGUAUACAGAGCUCAAGUUUCUAUCAAUGCCACUGCUGUCGAGAAUCCACUCCAAAAUCUCAUCAAUGGUAUCGGUGGUGCAAUCAAUAAUGUUUCCAGCACUGCAGGCAAUGCAUUGAACGGCGGAAAGAAUGCAACCAACAUCCCAGUGAUCCGUGACAGUACAACCAUCACCACCAAUUCUAACAAUCCUCUUGGGGAUCUCUUUGGCGGUAUUGCCAAUGGUGUUGGUGGCCUCGUUAAUGGUGUUGAUGGCCUCGUUAAUGGCGUAGAAGGCCUCGUUGGAAACGUUACUAAUGGUGUUGGUGGUGUUCUCGGUAAUAUUACUCAUAUUGUUACUGGUAACGGAACCAAUCCUCUGGUCAACAUUGGCAAUGGCCUUGGCGGUCUCAUUGGCUCUAUCACCAACGCUAUUGGCAACAUUUUAGGCGGUUUGACGAAUGGUAUCAUUGACAAUGAUAUCUUGAAGAGCAUUGCAGGUUUUAUUGGUACGGCUCUUGGUGGCCUUAUCAAUGGAACAUUAUCCGUGGGCGAUGUCAUUUCUAAGGUUAUCGAUCAAAUUAACCAAUUCACAGGCGGAACAAACCCCCUUGGCAAAUUCAUUCAAAGUCUUGCCGUGUACUUGUCCAACAACCAAGAUGGCUUUGUUGCUGAUUUUAUCAAGAUUUCAUCAUUUAUCAACGAUGUUGUCAAUACGGUGAUGGCUAUUGCCAAAGCCGUACUUGGAAACGUCUCUGAUGGCGUCCAGAAGGCCAUUUUCCAAGCAGUUACUGGUAUCAUUGGCAAUGUCUUUGGUGGUGGUCUCUUUGCUCUUCAGCGUCUUCAAACUAUGGGCUCAGAUGAGUUUAUGGAACUUCAAAACGUCUUUAUAGAUGCUGUUCGCGCUCAAAGCCCUGAUGGAGCUAGCUACAUUCAACAAAUCUUCGAGAUUGUCGGCGAAGUUGUCAAGAAGGUCUUUGCUACUGACCCUACUUUCUUCUCUUUCUUGACAGAUCCCUCUGAAGAAAACCUCCGCAAGGCUUUCACAACUAUUUACAGAGUUGUCACAACACACAAUUAG